AUGGGAAGUGUGUCCAUGUUCUCAAUAUCCAUACAGCUUUUUGCUCUAUUCAUAACUGUCUUUUCACGGAAGUGUGACAAGGAUUUUGAUAUCCAUAUAAACACCAUCAUUCUUACUCAUGUCUCUGACGCAAACGGUGCUCCUUUUAUUCGUAAACCGCCUGCCCACUCUUUGGUAGAAUGCAUUGAGUAUUGCUGCGACACAUCUGAGUGUACAGUCGGCGUGUUUGGGCCUAAGGAGGAUGACAAAUGUUUCCUUUUUAAUUGUUUUGAACGAAACAUGUGCAAUUUUACUUCGGAGUCUGGUUAUACUGUGUUUAUGCAACGUACACUGUCACAUGAACUAUCAAACGUGCCGAAAUUCGCUAUGUUGUCUAGUGGGUCUUUUCGGACCUAUUGUGGCCCAAAAAAUCCCUGUGUCAUCGCGAACUCGAUCUGUGACUCUGGACAAUGUGUUUGUAAACCGGGAUUCAUCGAGAAGCGACGAAAAUGUGUUCCUUCCAUUUGUAGCAAACCGGAGUUGGAGUUUCAGUGCGAUGACGCUACUACAUGCAUAGCUGUCUACGAUGUUUGCAACGGGAUUGUUGAAUGUCCUGACGCAUCGGAUGAAUCAUUCUGUGAGAAAGAAAUUACUCGGGCAUCUUCCAUCCGCAAAGUGGGACCUCCACGGUUCUCAGGCACGCAUGUUCUUAAUGCAAGAACACUUCUUCCUCAUGAUGGGGCUGAACAUAGCUUAUCGGAGGUUGUUGAGCCUUUUAAAAUGCGUUCUGUGCGACCGCCGCACUUUGUUCAUGACAAUCCCGUGCGCAGAAUUUAUCAGGACAAGAAGGAAUACAAACUUCCCGGCUAUCGAGCCCCAUCUCUCGAAACCAAUGUCCCAUCAUUGAUGGUUUCCGAGGCACAAGAAAAGUCCAUUUUUCCUGAUGAUAUCGUCAAUACCUUUCUGGAACGUCCCGAGCGAUUACGAUCGCAGUUUGCUGAUGACGAUACCUCAGUGAACAAUCAUUGGCGGAAGAUUGGACGCCAUACUUUAUUCAGAGAUUUCGGUGAAAAAGAUGGGAUUCAUAGUGUCCCAUACCAUCGCUGGCCUGAUCUCGAUCGAGAACACAAGGUUUUACGACACACAGUAAGGCCGUUUCCGGAGCAUUCCGGCAAUUUGUACUUCCAAAGAAAUGUUGCCCAUUUUUCAGCCAAAAGCUCUGCCGCUUCUGCGAUUGGGUUCUACUCGCAGAGCGGUUACCAGUGGCAUACUGCUGCAAUCCUGUUGGCCAUUGGUCUAGGCUUGACCUCAUGCCUUUUUGGUCUUCUUGUUGGCCGAUGUCGUCAACGUGGUAGGUUUAACCAAGGAGGUCCACGAUCAAAAGCAGUUGCCACCAGUCAUCUGCGUCAGCGAAUUAUGCGCACACGUGGACUGUCAAACAAUGAUCUCGAGAGGAGUGGUUUACUCUCCAAACUGCAGUUAUGA